GGAAAAACUGUCAUGGCCGACUUUAUGAUUUGUGAAUCAUAAGUAGAAGAAAUAUUUCAAUGAAAAUAAUACUUACUUCAUUAUAAAUAGAAAUAUUUAAUGAGAUUUGAACAGUUAAAGUGUUAGAGAUAAUACAGCAUAAACAAUAUAAACACAAAAACUUUAAAACAUAGAAAAAAAAAAAGUCUACCGGGUAUUCAUGUCUGAGAUGGAGAACUUGGCAGCGCUUCCAGUUAAUCAAUGCAUCAAAAUAUUUGUUCAAAGAGACUUCACUGAUGGUACAGCUGUUAAAUUUCAAAAUAAAUAUCCACCAGAGCUGAGAGGAAAGAUUGAUGAAUCCCAGUUUUCACAGACAUUAAAUACAUUAAAUGGAUUGUAUGGUGAAGCUGAGAGUUUAAGUAGUAGAACGUAUUGUGAAAGUUGUUUUGCUUGUUUAACAGCGUAUCUAGCUUACAUGUGUAUGGAUACUUAUUAUGAGAAGUGUUUAAAGAAGGUUAAUCGGUAUAUAGAGGAACAGAAUAAAACUGUGUAUGUACCUAGAGGUGUAAUGUUAGUAGAUCCAGUAGAAAGAGGCUUAAGAGUUUUGGAGAUCUGUUUACUGAACGAGACCAAUCACCGGUGAUGAUACAAAAAAGAAAUCUUUAUACAUUCUUCAUCGCUUUCAUCUAAUCAGCAAUCAGCUUACAUAACCUGUAGAAGUAUUAUUUCUGUCUUUAAUGGAUUCAAACCCACACCAAGCUCUAAUAAACACGAUUGCUGACUAUAUUUAAGUUUACAGAAAGAAAAAAACAACUGUGAUAUCAUUAAUUCGAAGUUGAAGGAACCAUCUUUUACUUUUUUAAAAUGACAAAAUGGAUGGUAAUCAAGGAUACAGGUAGUUUAAAAGAUAAUCUUAUUAAAACACAGAUCCUAUUUCGUUUUUUUUACUUCAAAAUUUCGUUUUAUUUGUCUUUACUACACUAGGAUCUGGAAGAGUUGUUAUAUAACCUGCGUUCUGGAUGGCGUGGGGGAUUAGCAAAUGAAGCGGUCUGUUACUGCGACUUCUUGACGUGCGAUGCACAGAACGGUGGCUAAACCACUAGAAACGUCAAUGCUGAUUGAUUAAUCAAUGUUCGACGCUAUAGGGUCAAAAGCCGUUUGUACGACCUCUGACUACAACUGUUCAGAUCUUUAUGUAGUGUAGGUCAUCGAAAGUAUAAAAAACGAAACGGAAUAUAGAUCUGUAUUUUAAUCAGAUUGCAAACUGUUUGUAUGUUGUGUGAAUGCUGCCAUGGUACAUGCCUUGUUUUGUUCAGUUAUCAAGCAAAACUGAAAAAAAAAAAAAGUUAGUAAUUCAACCAUACCAUAAAAAAAUAGUAUCUAAAAAUCAUGAAUUAGAAAUGAAUUUUUCUUGGAUCAUUGAACACCAAGGGCCUAUUUUAAGGAUGCAGUUUUUCCAUUGGAUAAAAGUUUAAAUUUUGAUACGAAUUUGAGAUCUUAGCCAAUGAGAAAUAUGGAUACUUAAAAUAUAUUAGUUUAAGUUUUCGUCAUUUAGGUCCCUUGAUUCUCAAAUGAUAUUUAUGUUAGUAUAAAGUGUACAGCAUAUUGAGAUCUGACCCGGAGUUCCCAAAACAUUCUCAGACUUAAGUUAAGAAUUUACUCAACUUUUAAUCACUGUUUAUGAGAAAUAUCUUUGAUCCAGAAACUCAAAACAUUGCACAUAGUUUCUUAUUGAUGUAUUUGAUACAUUAAAACAGUAAAGGUUUGAUAAAGAGCUAUAUUUUAGUUAAAUUUAGGCGAACAAUUUUGAGUAAAUUCUUAAGUCUGAGAAUGAUUCGUGAACUUUGGGUCAGGUAAUGUACAAAAAAUAAUGUAUAGGGGCUUGUGUGUAAUAGUAUAACGUAUACAUAAUCUGUUAAUUCUGGUGCACACAGGCAAUUGUUUUCUUGCUGGUUGAAAUAACAAGAAAUUGUUAGGCCAACAACGUUUCUGUCGAAAUCGCUGUUAUGUUUGUGCACGAACAAGCAAUUAGCAGGCAGUAGUUCAUAGAUUGCUACCACUAAUUAUGGGACCAGUCAAAAUCUAAUUAAGGUAGGCCGCCAUUUUGUAAAAUCACAUGAUAUUUUAAUUUUCUCUGAUUGGUCAAAGAACAAUUGCUCCAUGAGUGAUUGCUUUGAUGUACAAUCAAAGCAAUGAGCAAUCCUUUGAUAUUUUGCAAGUCCUUACCAGCGACAAAAAUUUAUAUCCAUUGCUGUCACAAUUACGCUCGCACCUAACUUACCGAAGAACAUCACCAGUAUGUGCUAGGCCUGAAGUCCUAAAGGGGAAUUGUCACUGUUGGGGGAGAGGCAUGGUCUAGUGGUUUAACGCGUGCGAGUGAAAUCGCAAGGUCUGUCAUUGAGUCGAGUGGUGUGGUUUCGAUUCUCCUCUUGAACAUGACAAGGAGUAGGGUCACCUGUCCAACCUCGUCCCCUGGUUUUCCCCCACUGCUAAAGCUCCCUAUGCGCACACAAAUUAUUGAAAUAAAAUUGAACCAUAUAUUAGUCCCAAAAUUACUUAGUUUGUGUCGAGUAGACGUUAAACCCCAUUUCUCUGUCUCUCCGGAAAAGUCCAGUUAUAAAAUUUUUCAUAAGCUGAAAUAAUAUAUCUUAAAGGGGCAUUACCAUUUUGAACAAGAAAAUAAAUGUACAUUAAUAAUGUAAUACAACUUCAUUUAAUAUUGAUGUAUAUUGUCACUGCCCUUUAGUCCAUUGAUCUGUUCUUCCUCAGUCUGAUUUAAACACAGAUCCUAUUUCGUUUCGUUUUUUAUAGUUCAAAAUUUCGUUUAACUUAUCUUUAUUACACUAGAGUCUGGAGGAGUUGUUAUAUAACCCACGUUCUGGAUGAUGUGAGGGAUUAGCCAAUGAAACGGUCUGUUACAGCGAGUUCUUGGUGUGGUAAACGCCUAGAAACAUCAAUGCUGAUUGGUUAAUCAAAUAUCUGAUGUCAUAGGGUCAAAAGCUGCUCGUAAGACCUCUGACGCAACCUCCUACUGUAACUUGUCAGAUCUUCAUGUAGUAGAGGCCAUCGAAAGUAUAAAAAAACGAAACGAAAUAUAGAUCUGUAUUUUAUCAGAUUGGAUUUUCCUGUUCAUGUACACUUGUACGUACAUGUAAUAUAAGUCCAUGUUGUUCAGUCGAUUUGUCUGAAGCUUGAUGUGUCACCUUAUAUCCAUGAGAGGUUGAAUUUAAAAUCAAUUUUUCAUUUAUUCGUGAAGUUCUUGCCUUGGACUUUGUCAUAAUUGAUCAAAAGAAACUUAUUGACCAUGAAAAUGUUUCAGUUUAAACAACAUUUGUAUAAAUUAUUUGUGGAGUGAUUGCCCUUGAGUUAUCCAAAAUAUAUCAAAUUUUACUAGAUUGAAAAAAACCAAAAAAAACCCCUAAACAACUGUAAGCCAUAACUUAGUACUUAUUCACUAAAUAUUAUCACUUUUAAUUGACUCAGGAUGUUGAUAAAAUAGAGGUUUUUUUAAAAGCUUAGGUUUCAUGGGGUUUUUUUAGGAUGAAAAAUAUUAGAAAUAUCCAUUUUUUGUACAUGUAUGUUUUUAUGUAUAAAUUGUUAAUGUACUUGUUAUAUAUAUAUAUAUUGAUUAGAGAGCCACGGUGGCUCAGUGAGUAAGGCGCUGGCUCACUAACUAGGAGGUCUCGGGUUCGAUCCCACAGAGAAAGUUUUCCGGGAUUUCCCAGCAGGGUUUCCCCUUGUCUACGAUGGCUGAUUUAGGACACGCAAAAAAAAAAAAAUGCUCGAGAUAGUUAAGUCGAGUGCUCGAGAUAGUUAAGUUAAGUAUAAUCAGGCACCAUACUUGUCAGAGGAUGGCAUGUAAAAUAAAAUAACCCUUGACAGAUGGCAUUUGAAAUAAGAAUAUGCCAUAGUGCAGCUGCCUGGGCAAAAUUGCUCUUGUAACACAUCGUAUGGCAUAUUCCUGUCUUCAUUGGACCAGUUGUAGCCCGUUAAAUUUAAUUUCAUUUCUAUAUAAAUUAAUGUGAGGCUAUAUCUGUCUAAUAUAUUUAUUCUAUAACAGCUUUAUUAAUGACUUAUUCACUUUAAAUAAAAUAGCACUUGCAUGUUCUCAAUUUUCUGGCAAUGGGGUAAGCUAAAAAGGGGUUAGAUAGGGUUGUGCAAUUUUACAGCAGACUGUGAUUGCAAUUUGCUUGUGUUAUACAUGUCAUAUAUUGAUUGCUUGAUGGAUGAAAUAAAUAUUUAAACUCGAGGAAAAGAAAAUAAGACUCGGUUUAAAGCUGACUAUUCAUUAUUGAUAAUGAGAGUCCAGUUUAAAAUAAUUAAGGACUGUUGCAAUUUUAAAUAAUUAAAGACUGUCACAAUUUUAAAUAAUUAAAGACUGUCACAAUUUUAAAUAAUAAGAACUGUCGCAAAAUUUCAACACUUGCAUCAAAUCGAAUAACUCGACGGGACGAGGCGGUUGAACGACACAUCCGGAUAAAAAAUUAUAGAUUAAAUGUUGGUUAUUGUUGAAUCAAGAACGGAAAUAUGUCAACAUUUUUCUACUCUUGUCAGUGUUCGGAGCCACAGUGGCUAAGUGAGUAAGAUGCUGGCUCACUUGUCUGGACGCCGCGGGUUCAACCCCGGUGUUGGCUGAGAAAAUUCAUCUGGUGCAGGACAGAGGGCCUAGUCUAGUCGUUCAGAUGAGAUGAAAAACCAAGGUCUCAUGUACACAUUGGCCUGCACAUAAAGAUCCCUUGGCAGUUGGAAUUCGAUAUAAGAGUAGGCCUUAGCGCCGCUGUCCAGGAAAAUGUCCAUCAUAGUGUACUGUAUGGCGUAUGCCCAUCUUCAUUAGCCCAGUCGGAGCAGAACAGUAGGACGUUAAACCCCAUUUCAUUUAUUGUAAGCGCUGAUUAGCAGGUUGGUGGGCCUACAUCUAUACGCAGAUUGAUUUUGCCACAAGUGUUGAAAUCUUACGACGUUGCCUUGAUUAGUAGCAUGUAAAUAAACUAUGUUACGUACUCAUGUAGAGGUAGAUAUUAAUUAGACCAUGGACCGUUUAUAUACGGUCCAUGAUUAGACAGCACAUUAAAGAUACCUUAUGGACAAUUAGAUAAAGAGCUGGCAGUUCUAACUAUAAUAGUUAAAAACUAGAUAAUGUAAAGGAAAUAUUGUGAAAAUUUCAGUCAAAUUGCUUCAUUCUGAACUAAGAUAUUAGCAUUUGAAUUUUGGACCUAGCAUCGAUCAUUAUUACUAAAGUCGGUCAUAUAAAAAAAAUAGUCUUGAUUAUCCAUUUUUAGAUUAAAUCAUCAAUGAGUGUUGAGCAGCAAAUCGGAUUCAAGUCUGACACAUAUAUAAGAUGGCUUCAAGAGUUGAUUAUGUUAAUAAAAGUUUAGAUAACAUUUCAGGCCUAAAUAAAGACCUGCAAAAGGCAGAUUUAGCUUACAUAAUGUAUGUUUAAUUGGACUUAAUGGGGUUUUUUAAUUGCCAUAAUGACCAAUCUAUGGCACUUUUGAAUAAAAGAAAAGACUAACGAUGGCAUCAAGAGUUGAUUAUGGUCUGGAUAAGUUAAUUAAUGUUUAAUUAAUAAUUUAGAUAAAAUUUCAUGCCUAAAGAUAGACCUGCAAUAGGUAGAUUUAGCUCUUGCAUAAUGUAUGUUUAGUAAUUUAUAUAACACAUAAAGCCUAAAGAAAGACCUUUAAUAGGUAGAUUUAGCUCUUGUAUAAUGUACAUGUAUGUUUAAUUAGACAGCACAUUGAUAAACACGAUUGUACAGAAGUUAUUGUAGUGCUAUAUUGUAAUUUUAUUACACUCUUGUUCCAAAGAUUUAUCGCUUAAUCCUUCAUCAUUAAUUAUUGUCUGUUUAAAAACUGUAUGUUAAUAAAUAUUGAUUGAAUGUUAAAUAUCUGUCAGUAUAUCGUCGGAAAUAUUAAAGAUUCAUUAUGGGAGAUUCGGUAACGAGUUGGCAGUUCUCACUAUAAUAAUUCAAAACUAGAUAACGUAAAGGCAAUUUGCUGAAAAUUUCAUUCAAAUUGAUCCACUAUGAACCGAUAAUUAAACGAUUGAAAUUUCUGCCUUGUCAUUACUAAAGUCAGUACGAUAAAUGGCAUAGUCUUGAUUAUCCAUUAAAUCGUGAAGGAAAGUUAUGCAGUAAAUCGGCUCACAAUCCACUAAAGGUCGCCGGCUAGCGAUGCCAUCAAGAGUUGAUUAUGGUCUGGAAAGGUUAAUUAAUGUCUAAUUAAUAACUUAGAUAACAUUUCAGGCCUAAAGAAAGACCUGCAAUAGGCAGAUUUAGCAUAAUGUAUGUUUAAUAAUUGAUCAUUUAUGAAUUUAGAUUGUUUUUUUCUAUCGUGAAUCAAGGUAAAAUUCAAUAUUAUUAUAAUCAAAGUUUCCAUAAUUGUUGUUGUGAGUAUGAAUAACUAUGUACAUCAUUCUGUCUUGUUACAAAUAGGUUAAUGUUGUUGCUGUAAAUUUUUAUACAGCCAUAUUGAAAUGUGGUUGUAUAUUGUUGUCAGUUUGCCAGUCGUCCACAAUUGAUUGUGGAUGCUCUAGAGGCUGAAUUCAUAUCUGAUUGACUUGAAAUAUAUAAGCAGUCUUUAUGUUCAUGAACCAAGAAGCCUAUUGAUGUUCAAGAUAUCUGAUAAUUACUGUUAGAGUUAUUACCCUUGAUCAGUUAGAAAAAAAUCUUGUGGAUGCUGUAGAGGCUAAAGUUAAUGAUCCCAUUACAUACAAAUGAAUAACAAUGUGAUAGAUAACCUUAUGGACUACUUGGACACCUUAGCUGUUGGUGGGUUUAUGUUUUGUUGCCUGGCAACCCAUGUUUUAUAUUUUCAUUACAACAAUCAUUAGCUGCAUCUAUUUAUAAACAUCUCACCUCGGACAUUGAUUAUUGAAAAACAAAUAAAAUUAUCUUUAGUUUCAAAA